CCGCUACUUUAUUAUCAGUUGGCUGGAGGUUACAGCUUUACUACUGCUGCAGCAGGAUACGAUUACGAAACGAAUAAAGUAGUUUCAUUGGCAGGCCAAAGCCGAUUGAAGCACGAAAUAAACGGCUCUCUGUCCUUGAGGGUUUUAGGUUUAUGCUUUUCUACCAAAAAGCGAGUGAGGGAGAGAGCGAGAGAGGGGGUGGGCUUUGGCGAUCUCUGUCGAUUCUCUUCGCUGCUACUCCUCCGACGGGCGGAAUCGAUGAAAUGCUCAAAGAGACCCGGAGAUCCUUCGGAGGAGGAAGGGCUGUCGGCGCCGCCUAAGAAGCAGCGGUUGGAGUGCCAAGAAUUUGAGCCCAGAAGUUACCAACUUGCGGUGUACGAAGUGGCGCUGCAGCGGAACACGAUCGCAGUGCUGGACACGGGAUCGGGGAAGACCAUGAUCGCUGUCAUGUUAAUACAACACUUUGGCAAAAAAAUAAAGAACGGAGGAGACCGGCGGCCCAUUGUCUUUCUUGCCCCAACUGUACACCUUGUCAUGCAGCAAUACGAAGAAAUAGAGACUCACACUGAUCUUGACGUACAAUACUACUGUGGAGCUAGAGGAGUUGAUGAGUGGAACAUUGAUUGUUGGCAGAAGGAAGUUUCCACUUACCAAGUAAUGGUCAUGACCCCACAGGUCUUAUUAGAUGCCCUGAGGAAAGCUUUUCUGACUUUUGAUAUUGUGUGCCUAAUCAUAAUUGACGAGUGUCAUCAUGCAUGGGGGAACCAUCCUUACAGUAGGCUAAUGAAGGAAUUUUAUCACAAGUCUGUAGUUAAACCACAUAUUUUUGGGAUGACUGCAUCACCAGUUAUCAGAAAAGGUGUAGCAUCAGCUGCAGAUUGUGAAGACCAAUUAUCGGAGCUGGAACUCACUCUUGAUUCUAAGAUUUAUACAGUGGCAGAUAGAAGUGAGAUGGAACUGUUUGUUCCUUCAGCUAUACAAGUGACUAGAUACUUCGACUCCAAGCUCUUUGUCCAUGAUGAUGUGAAAGCAGAGCUUGGGCUAUUGUUGAAUAAGUAUGAUGCCUCAGUUGCUCAGUUGCAGAACUCAACAGUAUGCAAGUUCAAGGACACUGAUGACAUUAUUGAAGCUUCAAAAAAGAAUCUCUCUAGUUACUGUGCCAAAAUUUGCCAUUGCUUGGAUGAGCUUGGUCUGAUCUGUGCUAUUGAGGCGACUAAGCUCUGUAGAGAUGCUCUAGAUUCUCCAAAUUCUACUGAGAGAUGCAACUCUGUCACAGAGAAUGUAGCUCAUUGCAAAUCUUUUCUCGAGGAAGUUAUACAGAACCUUCAAGUAAUAUUUUCAGAAGAUUCAAUGCUUCUCUUCAAGACUGAAAGUGAAUCAUUAGAAGCUGUACAAAAAGGCUACAUCUCUCCAAAGCUAUACGAAUUACUACAAAUCUUUGAGUCAUUUAGGAUCAAUCAAGUUCCCUGCCUAAUUUUUGUUGAAAGGAUUAUCACUGCUAAAGUAAUGGAAAAAUUUAUGAAGAAAAUUGGUUAUUUGUCACAUUUUACUGUGUCUUAUUUGGCUGGUGGUGGUUCCUCAAUUGAUGCACUAACUCCAAAAAUGCAAAAGGAGACUUUAAACUUGUUUCGUUCUGGAAAGAUACAAUUGUUAUUUACUACUGAUGUGGCCGAAGAGGGUAUCCAUGUACCUGAUUGUUCAUCUGUAAUCCGUUUUGAUUUACCAAGAACAGUGCGUAGUUAUGUUCAGUCUUGUGGUCGAGCUCGACAAGCUGAUUCACAUUAUUUUAUCAUGCUUGAACGCGGCAACAUGCAGCAGAGAGAUAUGUUAUUUGAUAUCAUCAGGAGCAAUCACUCCAUGAUUGAUACUUCGAUAAGAAGGGAGCAAGAACCCUUUGUUCCCAAAGUGCAGAAUAAAGAAGAAGUAUAUGCUUAUUAUGUUGAUUCAACUGGAGCAAGCGUUACUGCUGACUCUAGUGUCAAUCUCAUAAACUUGUAUUGUCAAAGUCUUCCAAGAGACAAGUAUUACACUCCCAAACCAACGUUCACAUUCAAUUUCUACGGUGGGUGCCAUGAAUGCACAUUAACUUUGCCUCUGGCUGCUGCAAUUCAGACAGUUGUUGGUCCAGUGAAUCAAAAGUCACAUGUAGCAAAAAAGCUUGCAUGCCUGGAGGCUUGCAAAAAGUUGCAUCAAUUGGGAGCACUUGAUGAUCAUCUUCUUCCUUGUGUUGAAGAGAACUUGGAUGGUGUGAGCACUGAUAUAAUUGAAGAAUCAGCUGAAGGUGCAGGAACAACAAAAAGAAAAGAAUUGCAUGGAACAACUGUAGUCACUGCUAUGUCAGGAAGAUGGGCUCUCCAAAAUGCUGGAAUUACUCUGCAGGGUUAUAAGUUUAUCUUUCUGUGCAACCAGCCCGGACAGAAUUAUUCCCCCUUUGUCCUAUUAAUUGAUGCUAGUUUAGAUCAAGAUGUUGCCUGUAUGGAAAUGGAUCUGUAUUUACGUAACAAAAUGGUUAAAGCCUAUAUUUCUCCAUGUGGACUUGUUUCAUUGGACAAGGAGCAGGUAGUGCAAGGAAAACUUUUCCAGGAAUUCUUUUUCAAUGGUUUGUUUGGGAAAUUAUUUACAAGAUCUUCGCCUGGUGCCCGAAGAGAAUUCUUACUCAAAGAUGGUAGAUCAUUGUGGAAUACAUCAAAUAUGUAUAUGCUUUUACCGCUAGAACCUUCUGCUGAUAAGCAUGAUGCAAUAAGCAUUAAUUGGAAUGCGAUAAGUGCAACUGCUUCAAUUGUAAACUUCAUGAGAGAUAUUUACUCAUCCGGAGCAAACAUUCCAGUUGUCAAUUAUAGGUGUGGUUGCUCUGAGACAAUGUUCUCUAUGCAAAACGUGAUCCACCUAGCUAAUGAAUGUGCAGAUCCUCAGAACUUAAAAAAUGUGGUAGUCUUGGCAAUUCAUACAGGAAGAAUUUAUUCUGUUUUGAAGGUGGUGGUUGGUUCAUCUGCUGAUAGUGCAUUUGAAGGGUUAUCUGAGAAAUCAUCAGAAUUUCGUACCUACUCGGAAUACUUUAAUAAGAAGUACGGAAUUGUGCUUCAAUAUUCAUGCCAGCCUUUAUUAUUGUUGAAGAACAGCCACAAUCCCCACAAUCUUUUAGCUUCAAAGUCAACUGAAGAUGAUUGUGAUUCAACAAGAUUUAGUGGCAUAAAGAUGACUAUAAGUAAACCACAAAAUCAUGUCCACAUGCCCCCAGAGCUUCUAGUUCGAGUUGAUGUACCAUUGGAGGUUCUGAAGUCCUUCUAUUUGCUACCUUCUUUGAUGUACCGAAUAGAAUCCUUGAUGCUAGCCUGCCAACUAAGGAAGGAAAUUGCUUACUCUCCUAAUGAUUCUGUAUCAAGCAUCCUGAUUUUGGAAGCAAUUACAACACAGCGAUGCUGCGAAGAUUUCUCACUAGAGCGAUUGGAACUAUUAGGGGACUCUGUUUUGAAAUAUGCAGUGAGUUGUCAUCUGUUUCUGAAAUUUCUAGAGAAACAUGAGGGGCAACUUUCCUCACACAGGAUAAAAAUAAUCAGGAAUUCUACUCUGCAUAGCUUAGGCACUAGUCGUGGCAUACAGGGAUACAUUAGGGAUGCUGCAUUUGAUCCUCGCCGAUGGGUUGCCCCUGGGCAGCUUUCUUUGCAUCCUGUUCCUUGUACAUGUGGAGUGGAUGAUCAUGAUGUGCCAAAUAAAAUGAUGUAUACAGAUAAUGAUAAGUCUAAGGUGAUAGGAAAGGCAUGUGAUAAGGGGCACAGGUGGAUUUGUUCAAAAACGAUAUCAGAUUGCGUUGAGGGUCUAAUUGGUGCAUAUUAUGUUUGUGGUGGAUUACCAGCUGCUUUUGUAGUUUUGAAGUGGCUAGGAAUUGAAACUGAAAUUGAUCCUCAAAUGGUUGAGGAAGCUCUAAGGAGUGCAUCAGUGUGGACACACCACCCAAAAAUUGACGACCUAUAUACUUUGGAAUCUAAGAUUGGAUAUGAAUUUUCCAAUAAAGGUCUUCUUCUUGAAGCUGUUACUCAUGCAUCUCAGCAAGAAUUGGAAGCCUGCUUUUGCUAUCAGAGACUUGAAUUUUUGGGUGACUCCGUUUUAGACGUACUCAUUACAUGGCAUCUCUUUCAAUGCUAUAGAGAUAUUGAUCCUGGAGAGCUAACUGAUUUACGGUCAGCAUCAGUGAAUAACGAAAAUUUUGCUCAAGUAGCCAUCAAGCAUAAGCUUCACCAACAUCUCCAGCACAAUUCUGGAUUUCUGUUAGAGCAAAUUACAGAAUAUGCCAACAGACUCGAGGAUUCAUCCACUAAAACACACAUGCUUUUGUUGAAUGGUUCAUCUAAGUCACCUAAGGUCCUUGGAGAUAUAGUUGAAAGUAUUGCUGGUGCCAUAUUAAUAGAUACAAAGCUUGAUCUGAGUAGAGUAUGGGAAAUUUUCCAACCGUUACUCUCUCCUAUUGUAACUCCAAAUAACCUUGAGUUGCCGCCUUUACGAGAACUUACUGAACUUUGUAGCCAUCAUGGUUACUUUUUGUACACAACAAUCACAACUGAAGGUGACACGGUGGUUGCUAUUCUCAAGGUCCAGCUCAAGGAUGUCCUCUUGGUGAGGAGAGGUUGCGAGAAGACAAAAAAACUUGCUAAAGGACAAGCAGCAUUUUUGCUCUUGAAGGACCUGGAAGAAAGAGGACUUUUACACUCCAGAUAUCCCUCCAAACGGAAGCAAGCUGAAGAGAACAUUAUAAACCAGAGCGAAUAUGUGGAAAAGGAGGCCUCUAAUUUUACCAUGCCAGAGGUGAUUUCUACACCGUCAAAACAUAAAGAAGUGAUUGAAUCCCAAGAUAGUUGUUAUCCAGAUUCAAUUAAAUCAGUGGGUGUUCUGACGGUUAAAAUGACGAAGGGAGGGCCUCGGAUGGUCCUCUAUGAACUUUGCAAAAAAUGCAAGUGGCCGAUGCCUACCUUUGAUUCAAAAGAGUGGAAGCCAAGUGAGUUGGAUACAUGUGCUCAGAGCAAAAGCCAUCAAAUCUUUGUGUCAAGCAUAACACUGCACAUACCGAAUGUGAACGUUUUUGAACUCACAGGAGAACGGCGUGCUGAUAAGAAAAGUUCACAAGACUCUGCUGCAUUGGCAGCACUGUACGAGCUCGAGAAAGAUGGUUGGUGUAGUAUUGUGCUAGAAUAAAGAGCCAUAUGAUGGGAAGUAUGUGUUCUAAGUUCCAAGUAUCAUUGUUUAUGACAGUAGUCUCGUCUGUAGACCAACCCACAGAAGAAGGGUCGGUGUGAAUUUUGAUGCAGAAAUCAUUCUUGUUUAUAGAUAUGUAUUUUAGGUUGUUAGAUUAAAGUAGGAGGUUAGGGCCCUCAGUAGGCCAGUUAGUUUAUGAUGCAAUUUGCCACUUUCACAAUGUAAGUUUGUGUGGCCUCUUUGUUAAAUUUAUGAUAUACUGCAUUUUGAUCUAAUAGUCACUUUGCACUUAUGAGCUA